GGCGUCACCGUCACUUUAUAAUAUGAUUUGCCACACAAGGCGGCUACUCAGAAUAAGAGUCAGACAGGGAACAUAACGUUAGGAGCAUUUUCUGAUAUGGCGGCCGCAGAGCAGUGGCUUCUUAUCUACCUGUCUUUGUUUUCCCUCAAGGAAUGGACUUUAGCUUUUAAUUUGGAUACGCAAAAUGUCAUGAAAAAAAUCGGAGAACCGUCCAGCCUGUUUGGGUUUUCUCUUGCUAUGCACCAUCAGUUACAACCUUCAGAUAAAAUAAUGUUAUUGGUUGGUGCUCCGAAAGCAGAAGGAUUUCCAGAGCAGAAGGCUAAAGUAACAGGAGGAUUAUACAAAUGCCCCAUUACAAACAGAGAAAAUGACUGUGUGCGUGCCGUUUUUGACAAUGAUGUUGACCUAUCGCUGGAAAGUAAAGAUGAUCAGUGGAUGGGUGUAUCUGUGGAAAGCCAGGGUCCGGGAGGAAAGGUUAUGGUUUGUGCGCAUCGAUACGAGCAAAGGCGACAUGUGAAUAAUGUAGAGGAGUCUCGUGAUGUGACUGGACAGUGCUAUAUUUUGAGCCAGGAUCUAAUUUUCCGAGGAAAUGAAACUGAUGUAAAUGUGAAACUUUGUGCCGGGCGACCGCAAGGUCACGAAAAGUUUGGUAUCUGUCAGCAAGGUGUAGCUGGUGCUUUCUCCAAGGGUGAUAAUUAUUGUGUGUACGGGGCUCCAGGUGCCUACAACUGGAAAGGUAUUGUGCACGUAGAAUCCAGAGAUAUUGAGGAAAUUAAUUUUGAUGAUGGACCCUACGAAGUCGGUGAUGAAAAUAUCAGGGAUGAGAAAUUGGUGCCUGUUCCUGCGAAUAGCUAUUUAGGCUUCUCUCUGGACUCUGGCAAAGGAAUCAUAUCGCAAGACAUAUUGACCAUUGUGUCGGGUGCACCAAGAGCCAACCACACUGGGGCUGUUCUUUUCCUAACGAUGGAAAGACAGAAUCUAAAGACCGAGUACAUCCUGAAUGGAGAAGGGCUAGCGUCGUCUUUUGGAUAUGAUAUUGCUGUAGUGGAUCUUAAUCAAGACGGCUGGCAGGAUCUUGUGGUUGGAGCACCUCAGUUCUUUGAUAGGGAAGCGGAGAUUGGUGGGGCUGCAUAUGUUUAUAUCAAUAACAAAGGGAAUUGGAAUAAAUUCAAUCUCGUUCGAUUAAAUGGGACCAAGGACUCCAUGUUCGGAUUAGCCGUCGAGAAUAUAGGUGACAUUGACCAGGAUGGAUAUUCAGAUAUUGCUAUUGGAGCGCCUUACGAUGGCAAUGGCAAAGUUUUUAUAUACCAUGGGUCUAGUUCUGGAAUAAAUACAAUCCCAGCUCAGAUCCUUGAUGCGAAAGACAGAUCUGUCAAACACUUUGGCUACUCUCUUGCCGGGAACAUGGAUCUAGAUGGUAAUCACUAUCCUGACAUGGCUGUUGGAUCGCUCAGUAAUGCAGUCUUUAUAUACAGAACGCGACCUGUUAUAAAUAUUGAGAAAACAGUUACUACUACACCCAAGAAUAUUAAUAUUAAUGACAACAAUUGCCCUGGUGGGCAAGGAAUUUGUGUGACCGUCAAUGCAUGCUUUAAGUACACAGCUAAACCCAGUAAUUUCAAUCCCAGGAUAACUGUGAGCUACAAGCUUGAUGCUGACACUGAGGGAAAAAAACUGGAACUGCAAUCGAGAGUAUUCUUCAUUGGUCGUUCGAACGAUCAGGAGACCCAGGUUAUGGGCACUAUUGUACUAGACAAGCAAAACAAAAUGGCAUGCAUCGUUGAACGGCUGCAGUUUCGGGACAAUAUCAGAGAUAAACUGCGCCCGAUUCCCAUAUCAGUUGAAGUAGAGAUCAAACAAUCUGGGCGCAAGAAAAGGCAGCAUUCUAACUUAAUUGACUUGCCUCCUGUCCUUCAACAGAGUGAGCCCACAGUCUCAAAGAUCCAGUUUUUGAAGGAAGGUUGUGGAUCUGACCACAUAUGCCAGAGUAAUCUUCAACUAAAAUAUCGGUUUGGCUCCAGAGUUGAAAAGCAGCAGGACAAAUUUGUUCCUUUACAAGUGAAUAAUGGGUUGCCAGUAUUUAAAUUAAGUGACCAAAAGGAUAUAGUACUGGAAAUAACUGUUUCUAACAAGCCAUCUGAUCCAAGAAAUCCGAAAAAAGAUGGGGAUGAUGCGCAUGAGGCUCACUUGACUGCAACAUUCCCUGAAACAUUGACUUACUCUGCAUAUCGAGUAUCAUCCCUAAAUCAGGACAAAGUAUUAUGCAUUGCAAAUAAAAAUGGAUCUCAAGCAGAGUGUGAUUUGGGAAAUCCUUUAAAACGUGGAUCAGAGGUUACUUUCCACUUGAUCAUGAGUACAGGUGGAAUAACGCUGGACACUGGAAACCUUAACAUCAACCUGCAGCUUGAAACGACCAGUGAACAGGUUAAUCUGUUAUCCGUCGCUACCGCUAGAGUAGUGGUUGAACUACUCUUGUCUAUAGUUGGUGCUGCAAAACCAUCUCAGGUGUAUUUUGGAGGUAAAAAAGUAGGUGAGAGUGCUAUGAAGACUGAAGAGGAUGUAGGAAGUUUGAUUCAGUAUGAGUUCAGGAUUAUUAAUUUGGGAAGAUCACUUAAAACUCUUGACGGUGCUUGGCUUGAAAUCAUGUGGCCAAAGGCGAUUUACAAUGGAAAAUGGCUACUCUAUUUAAUGAAAAUUGACUCAAAAGGCAUUGAUUCUGAAUCUUGUCAGCCUAGCAGUGAGAUUAACGAACGGAAGUUGAAGGAAGCUCCAAUCCAAACAAGAAAGAGAAGAGAAGUUGAAGACAAUAAGAAUACAGGAUUAGUUUCUUCUUACUUCACAGGUAAAAGCAAGUAUACAACUCUGGAAUGCGGCCAGCAUGAGCGUGCUAGUGCUAAAUGUGUUAAUAUAAAGUGUCCCCUCAGAGGUCUUGAUAGCAAUGCAUUUGUGGUCUUGCAUUCACGACUAUGGAACAGCACUUUCCUUGAGGAAUUUUCCAAGCUGAACUAUCUUGACAUCAUUGUUAAAGCCAAGAUAAAUGUAGAAUCUAAAGCCAAAAACAUUGUGGUUAAGAAUGCAGAAACGGAGGUACGGGUUACAGUAUUUCCUGAAAAAACAGUGAGCCAUUAUUUUGGAAUUCCUUGGUGGAUCAUUUUUGUUGCGAUCCUGGCUGGAAUUCUGUUAUUGGCACUUUUAAUAUUUUUAUUAUGGAAGUGUGGAUUUUUUAAACGUUCCCGUUAUGAAGAUAGUGUUCCACGGUACCAUGCAGUUCGAAUCCGGAAAGAAGAGCGUCCCUUUGAGGAUGAAAAAUUAAGCAAGAAAAGUGGCAAGAAACAAUGGAUGACAUCUUGGCAAGAAAAUGAGAGCUACUCCUAAGAAAUCCACGAAUGCCUUAAACUAAUUGAAUUUGGGACUCUAAAGCAACUCAUCCAUAUUGGUACAGCGUUGGCUUCUCUUCAACAAAGGAUGAUUCUUGAUAACGCAGAGUCUUUCUGCUCUGCACAGCAAAUAUCUCAGCAUGUCUCCCUCCUUUACAUCAGAAUGCAAUUUGGUGUUUAUAGCUUUUUAGACUGUGCUUCAAGUUUUGGUACUAAAGACGUGCCUUACAAACCAAGUGUGCAGCAAUGUGAGACUGAAUUAGUGUCUGCUUCAGGAUGUGGGUGUGAAAAAAUACUUCCAUUGAAUUUAAGCAACAUUUCGGCUUUAGGCUUUUUUUAAUCUGUCAGCUGUAACAAACAAUUAAUUUUUAAUUGACAUUGCCAGGACCCAGAUGAGCAGAAAUGUAGAGUUUGAAAAAAAAUGUACAGAUUUGUAAAUAGUUAUAUAUUUUAGAAUGUCCUGGUAUUUAUGUUGUCAUCGAAUUGUCCAUUUAGUAAUAGUAGGGCCACAGAUCUCCCUUCAAGGCUCUUGCUUUUAGAAAUGGACUACUUAUUGCUUUGGUCAAUAUUUUUAGUCAAGAUAUAGACCUGAAUAAAAUGGGUGUUAUAUCUUAAUGAAGCACUGUCUAUUUGCUUAUAGUUAGCUUUAUUCAGAAUAACUACACUCACCACAUCCUACUGAAAAAGGAAGGUAAAUAUUUAAUGAACUCAUGAGGUUUGUUCGAAUUCUUAAAGCAUUUUGUCCAAAAAAGUAAUUUGUUACUUUACAAUAUCGGAGGAUAAAUGUUUUUGUACCAUAAAGUUAAGCAAGAAUACUUGAAAAACACUGUACAUAUUUACAUUGCAAAGGAAAGUAUGUUAGCGAGUUUGCAAGUUGUGAAAGAGAAAAUUUACAGAUGGUAUAAAAGUAUUUUGUGCCUGAGAGCAUGAGGGUGAUGAUUAUGCGUCUAUUAUAUUGGAGGAGGAAGAGAAUAUUGAAAGGGAGUGCUCAGCCAGUUGCAGACACUAACCCAAUUAUUAUGGAAGAACAGUGCUUAAGAAAAAGAAAGCUUACUGGGAGGGACGAUGUCUAUGCCCAUAUCACAGGGAGUUUACAAAAUGCACUGAGACUGGAGAAGAGGUUUGUUGUUCUGUCAAUGGUCAACGUUUUUCCUUGGACAAGUGCUGGGUGUGGUUCAUAGUCUGCUGGUUUUAUUUUGUGAAAAAUGUCUUUAUCCCAGGUCAUUAUCUGAGCUGUCCCUUUCAGAUUGUGUUAUCUUUAAAUUCAGUAUUAUUCAUGUUACAAUUGGCGCAUGAGCAUACUGUACAUACCAUCUGAAAGAUAGAUUAUCUUUUGUCCUGACCUGUGGAUCCAUGUUUCAAUCUUGCUCCCAAACCAGCAAUGUUCAACAAUGGAUAAAUCUGUUAAGGAAGAUUUCUACUUGGUUCAAUUAUUUUUCUUUACCCAUAGUGUUCUGUUAAGAAGUGUAUUACCUGCUCGUUGCAAUUCUUCCUUUUACAAGUUUCAUGGCUAAUGAUGAGACUAUGGAUCCGUAUGGAUUUUCCAGUAUCCUUAUCAACAUUUUUCUGUUUUCCGAUUGUCUUUUUUAUUUUGCAAUUCUGCUUUGUUUAUAAAUUCACAUGAUACUGUA